GACUGUUAUCUUCCAACCUGUCAGAAUCUCAAGUGGUAAAUGAAACCCACUCGCAGAUCGCGACAUCCAAAAUAUUGGGUGGAAAUUUCUUCGGAAUAUGUUCGCUUUUUCAAUCUUUCUUGCAAUUGUUCAUUCCCACGUGCUGGUCGAAAUGCAGGACAUACAGGAUUUUCCGAAGCCGGUUGUGUCUCUGAGUCCUUCGUAUGGGGUGUUUUUAGGAGGAGAGUCAACAUCGCUGAGCUGCAGCUGUCAAUGUCCAGUCACAAGUAUACACUCGUGCUACAAUUCCAAAUGCAGGGAAGCAGAACUUUCUGAAGGACAAUGUGAAACAUCAUUUCCGUUGGAAUAUUUAAGGAGAGGUAAAACAAGUUACAAGUGUGAAUGUUUCUUACAGUUGGAGAAUGGAACAUGGAGAAGAUCAGGAAUGACUGACCCCAUUCAGAUACGUGUCGGAGAUGAACUCUCCAAACCGACGAUCCAAGUGCUCUCAGAUUACGGUUCCAAUUCAAGUGGGGACUAUGUCGUGAUUUCCUGCAAAGGUGAUAUUCGCCCCAGAGGAGGAAUAUUCUACCUGUACCACAGUCAGAGGAAUUAUCUUACACACGAACGUCAUGUGUCUGGUAUUGAAGAUACAGCGGUCUUUACCAUCAAUGCCCAUGAACAGACUUCUUUUGGAAACUACAGUUGUCAAUAUCAAACAGAGGUUAAUGGACGUUUUAUCAUUUCCCCAUCCAGCCAAUCUGUUGCAGUUGUGAUGAAAGGAAAGGAGGGUCACACAUCAAAAGAUGCACAGAUGAGAUUAUAUCUCUACGUCGGACUGGGAUGUGCUGUUGUGAUCAUUGUGGUGCUGUGCCUUAUAAUUAUCAAGAAAGGUCGAAAUAAACAUCGAAAUAUACAGAGGACUGCUCCCUCAGCAGUUCAAAAUACACACAGCGAAGGCUCUGAUAGCAUUUGUAACAAUGCCAAUUUGAUCCAUCAUAGAACAAUGGAUGAGUAUUCCGAUGUGCACGACAACAAAUGUGAGGGAGUUACUUACGCUGCCUUGAACAUGGAUGGUGUGAAUCAAAAUGAAGCUGCCUCGGUCAUCAGGGGAGAGACGUGUGUUUAUAUGGACGUGCAAAAAUAACAAUUUUUCUCCAUCCACCAUUGCUGUCUGCUUCUGUCACAUUGCUUGCUAAAGCUCAACUGGUGAAUUAAUUCACACACCCACCCCUCCCACCCACCCCGCAAUCCCCACUCAGUCAACUGACACAGCAGAAAUCCUCUCCUGGUUCCCUGAGUCAUCAAAGUCACCUCGGGACAUUGCCAGGAUUGGAAAUAUGGCAAACGUUUCCAUCGCGAACCCUUAAGCCUCCUCUCAACAGAUGGGCCCAGCUGCAGUACGAGAGAGAGAGGGGCCACUCAGAUUUUCAAUUCUGCUUGGAUUGAUUGAUUGAUUGAUUUAUUGUUACAUGUACCGAAGUACAGUGAAAGGUUUUGUUUAUGUGCAGUAUAGGCAGAUCAUAGUAAGCAAGGAGGUACAGAUCAAAAAAGCUUAGACAGAGGCAGAGAUAACAUCAGAUGAAGGGUCUAGGCCCAAAACCUCAGCCUUCCUGCUCCUAUGAUGCUGCUUGGCCUGCUGUGUUCAUCCAGCUCUACAUCUUGUUAUCUCUGAUUCUCCAGCAUCUGCAGUUCCUUCUAUCUCUUAGACAGAGUCAUUCAGGUUACAUUGCACAGGGCUUGCGCGAGGCGAGAUCAAUGUCAGCAAGAUCAGCAUUAUUUGAGGCUAGAGAGUCCAUUCAUCAGUCUAAUAAUGACCGGGAAGAAGCUGUUCCUGAACCUGCUUGUGUGUGUGAUCAGGCUUCUGUACCUUCUGCUCAACAGAAGAGGAUGUAGGAGAUCGUUACCGGGGUGUGAUGGAUCUUUGAUGAUGUUGGCAGCAGCGAGCCGUGUAAAUGGAGUUCACGAAUGGGAGGUUGGCUUCCGUGAUAGUUUGGGCUGUGCACACCAUCUUCCGUAGUUUCUUACUGCCCUGGAGUUGCCAUACCAGGCCGUUUUGCGCCUGGACAGUAUGCUUUCAAUUGUGCAUCUGUAGAAGUUGGUGAGGGUCCUUAUGGACAUGCUGAAUUUCCUGAGCUACCCCUCAGAAAGGAGAGGCAUUGUUGUGCCUUCUUUUUGUCACAUGAAUGUGAGAAGUCCAGGACAGGUUGUUGGUUAUUGUCACUCAGAGAAACUUGACGCUUUCCACCCUCUCAACCUCAUUUCUGUUGAUGUAGAUGAGAGAAUGUUCUCCUCUUUUCUUUCUGAAGUCAAUGAUCAGUUCUUUAGUUUUGCCGAGAGAGAAGUUGUUCUCAUUGUACCACGUUGCCAAACCCUCUAUCUCCCUUUUCUGUAUUUUGAUAACCAUCUAAUAAUGGUUAUUAGAUAUCCAUUAGAUAGAGGUGUUUGUGAAGGUUUUCGUCACAAUAAAAAGAGCCUAUGCCCCACUGAAAGAAAUAGGGUCAGUGCUGUGAAGAUUUAUAUAUGCCAGAAGAUUGAGGAACUUUUAGACACCGAAAAGGUUAAGAACAAGUGAAAGCAUGCAGGUACACAAGAAAGAAACAGAGAAAAACAGACUAACAACGUCCUAAAUAUAUGAAAAAGCCCCUCGAGCCUGUUCUGCUUGCCAUUCAAUGAGGUUGUGGCUGAUCUGUGGCCCAACUCCAUUGACCUGCCUUUGGUCCGUACCCCCUAAUACCUCUGCCUAACAAAAAUGAUCUCUCUCAGAUUUAAAAUGAAUAACUUAACUAGCAUCCAUUGUGGUUUAUGUAAGACAGUUCCUGUCCUCUACCAGUUGUUAUGUGAUGUGUAUUAUCACCAGACUGUUAAUAUGGAGACCCAAGUAAUGUCCUGGAGACUUGGAUUCAAAUCCUGCCAUGGCAGAUGGUGGAAUUUGAUAUCUGUGAUAACCUGUAAUUAAGACUUUAACAAUGAUCAUGAAUCCGAUGCCAAUUGUUAGGAAAAAUCUACCUGGUUCACUAACGUCUUUGAGGGAAGGAAAUCCACUGUCCUUACUUAUAUGGCCUACAUGUGACUCCAGAUCAACAGUGAUGCGGUUGACCCUUAACUGCCCUUGGGGCAAUUAGGGACGAUCAAUAAAUUCCGCCCCAGCCUGUGACACUAACAUCCGAUAAACAUGUUUUUUUCAAAAAAAAGUGUUUCCUGACAUCUCUCCCAAAUAGUCUAGCCCUAAUUUUUAGACUACAUCCGCUAGUACUAGAAUUUGUGGCAUUCUCCAGGAUGAAAUUAAUGCCAGGCAAACUGAAUGGACCUCUUCUCUCUGUCUUUAUUGCAGAGGACACUAAAAGAAAUCCUGAGAAUAGUUGAAAAGGAAUGAUCAAAAGAGAAACAGAGAAAGAGACCUUUAAUGUCAGUUGAGGUAAAGCUAAUAGGAUUCAUAUUGGAGAAAUCUGAGUUAGACUUGAGAAAUUCAGCAAAUCUGGCAGCAUUUGUGGAGAGAGAGAAACAGAGUCAAUGUCAUACGCUUUAAAUGCAGAAAGUGCUGGAGAAACUCAGUAGAUCUGGCCGCAGCUGGAGAGAGAAAGAGUUAAUGAUUCGAGCCUCGUGACCCUUCCUCGCAACUAGAAGCAUCUAGAAAAAGGUAGUAUGGAGGGGUGGGAGCAAGCGUGAAACUUAAGUGCAGACAAUGUCCAGACAGAGAGAGAGAGAGAGAGAGAGAGAGCGAGAGAGACAAAAGCAUCAGCUGGUUAAUAGGAAGACGGGGAAAAAGAGAAGCUGGAUAAUAGGGAUAAUGAGGAUUUGACAAUGGGUUGGCAGUGCUGAAAGUAACUCAUAAAGGUGUUGGGGGUGGGUAAACAUUCCCUAUCAACAACGAUCAACAGAGACCCAGAUAAUGUUCUGGGGACCCAAGUUCGAAUCCUGCCAUGGCAGAUGGUGGAAUUUGAAUUCAAUAAAUAUCUGGAAUUAACAAUCGAAUGAUGACUAUGAAUCCAUUGUCAACUGUCAGGAAAAACCCAUCUGGUUCACUAAUGUCUUUGAGGGAAGGAGUCUGCCAUCCUUACCUGGUCUGCCCUACCUGUGAUUCCAGACCCACAACAAUGUGGCUGUCUCUUAACUGCCCUCUGGGCAAUUAGGGAUGGGCAAUAAAUGCUGCCUAGCCAGCGACGCUCUCAUCCCAUAAAUGAAGAAAGAAAAAAAGUUCUUUUGACUGCUUUCCCCUCGUUUCUCUCUGGGCACUGUCUCUAUCUCUUACGUUCUGAAGAAGGGUCACUGGUCUCAAAACAUUAAUUCUGCUUUCUCUCUCCAAAGACAGUGCCAGACCUGCUGAGUUUUCCCAGCACUUUCUGUUCUUGGUUCAGAUCUCCAUCAUGUGCAGUUCCUUGCCUUAUUUUAGCACCUCCACCUCUCCAUCUCACUCUCACAGUCCCUAAACCAUUAUUUAGGAAACGUGAAAGAAAGGAAGACAUGAGUAAGCCAUUCAGCCCCUCAAGUCUGUUCCACCGUUCAAAGAGAUCAUGGCUGAUCUAUGGCCUAACUCCAUAUGGGAACCCUUGGCCUAACAAAAACUUAUCUCUCUCAGGUUGAAAAUUAACAACCGAUCCAGCAUCCAUUGGCAUUUGUGGAAGAGAGUUCCAUACCUCUACCAUCCUUUGUGCAAAGACCUGCUUUCCAACAUCUCUCCUGAACGGUCUGGCCCUCAUUUUCUGACUAAGCUGUCCCUAGUUCUAGAAUCCCCAACUAGUGGGAAUAGUUUAGCUGCCCUGUAUUUUCCUGUUAGUAUCUUGAAGAUCGCCCUCAAACCUCCUAAAUUCAAAAGAAAGGCUAAUUUGUCUAAUCUCUCUGCGUAACGUAAUCCCUGAAGACAAGGUGUCAUUCUUGUGAACCAACGUUGUACUCCCUCCAAGAUCAAUUUAUCCUUCCUAAGAUGUGGUGCCCAGACCUACAAGCGGGGACUAACCAGGGUUUUGUAUAACUGCAGAGUAACUUCUACAUCCUGUGCUCCAGCCCUCUAGAUAUAAGGGCCAGCAUUCCAUUAGCUGGCUUGAUUAUUUAUUUCAGUAUGAAUAAAGAUUGGCCAACUAGGCCAUUAUCAGAUUGAGAAGUUGUAAUAAAGUUUUUUGGCACAAGGAUCAGUACUGUUUACAAUUAAUGUCAUGAGCUAAUUAAAUGAAGCUAGAAUCUGCCAAAAAAGAGACAUUUGCACUUGAUUUCAGAUCCUGAAUAUGUGAAAGGAGAAUGAAUGGAAUAUUGGAUCAAGAGCAGACCAUCAGCCCCUCGAACCUGUCCUGCAAUUUAAUGGCUGAUCUGCAGCCUAAUUCCAUAUACCUGCCUUUGGCCCAAACCCUUAAUAUAUUUGCUGAACAAAACAUUAUCUCUCUCAGAUUUAAUAACAUGACAAUGAAAUAUGUGCUUCAUGUGACAAGCCCCUUUAUAGACUGUUUUACUUGUUCCAGAAGAAACAAAAUUGGCCAGAAAUGACUGCCAGCUUGGCAACUCUGAAUAACUGAUUGGAUCUUAUUCCUUUUAUAUGGUAAAGAGUGGGGAUAACAAUAUUCCUUUUAUAUGGUAAAGAGUGGGGAUAACUAUUGUCAAUUUUCUCAAUUCAUUCACUAGUCUAUUUUUCCUGAACUUUAAAUGCAUGCUUUAUCAAGGGGCAUUGAAAAUCGAUUUAAUUUGUCAUUGAAAUAAGGCAUGCUUAAUUCAAACAAAAAAAAUCAAAUGAACAUUGUCACAGAUAUUUGGUCAUUUUAUCCUUGAAUAUUAUGAUAUUUCAAGUGCUCAUCCAAAUACUUUUUAAGGUUUCUGGCUCCCACUACCUUCCCAGGCAAUGUAUUCUGGAUUCCCACCAUCCUCUGUGUGAAAAAGUUUUUUUUUUCAAAUCCCCUCUGAAUCUCCUGUCCCUUACCUUAAAAAUGUGCCCCCCAUGAUUAACCCCACUCAGCAAAAGGAAGGGGAGAAAAGAUGACCUUGUCAGGAGUGUGACAACACCAAAUGCAAUUACCCCUCCAAGUCAACACAACGCACUUAUUCAUAGCUUUAUUGCUGUUCUUCCAAUGUAACUGGCUCAAUACUCUCAAUCACCCUUUCUGUGUGUGGGGUGUCAUCGAACAGCUCAAAGACAGCAGUGGUUUAAAAAGUCAUCUUAAGACCAACUUUGCAGGGGGAAGGCGGGGUCAUAAUUGGACAUGGGAUAAUAAACAAUGCCUUGUCCAUUGACGCCCCAUUCCACAAGCAAAUAAAAAAUAAGCUUGACUAAUAAAUUGAGUGAAUGGCCUCAAACUUAUAAAGAAGAAUAUUUCUGAAGAAGGGUCUAAACCCGAAACGUCAGCUUUCCUUCUCCUCUGAUGCUGCUUGGCCUGCUGUGUUUAUCCAGCUUUACACCUUGUUAUCUCUGGCCUCAAACUUAUUCAUCUAGUUUGGUGUUUGUUCGUCAGCAUGGACGUGGUGGGCUGAAGGACCUGUCACUAUGUCAUGUGACUCUACAAAUCUAUAAAACUCACUUCUUUGAAACGCUGCUCCACUUUUGAAUGUCAAAGAGCCGGAAAAUGAAAUAAAGUUAUUGUUUCAAAUGAA